AGCAGCCAAUCAAGGAGGAAAUGCCCCAAAAAAUAGAAAUCCCCACAACUUUAAUUGUUGAGCCAGUACAACUGAAGGAUAAGUCUAAAGCUUCUCAAGAUCUCAUUAUUAGUGAGACAGCUAUUGAGAAUGCAGUGCCUCUUUCUUCUAAAAAACAAGUAGAAAAAACAGUUAAAGUGACCAAGACCAAGAAUAUUCAGAAGCAUCCAGACAAGGAUGAAAUGACCAAACCUACACAAACAAAAUUCUCCUCUUCAUCCUCAUCUACAGUUCAGGCAGUGGAACUGAAGACUCAGCAAUUCGUCACUAGUGAGUCAAUUAAUGAUGCUCCUAAGUUUCCUCAAUCUAUAAAGCAAAAAGGAAAAACACAAAAAGUGGCCGAGACUAAGAUUCCUCUGGAGCAUCCAGUUCAGGAGGAAAUGCCUCAAAAUAUUGAAAUAUGCAUCUCCAUGUCAGCUUCUACUUCUCAGAAUCUGAAGGCAGAGUUGAAAGAUGUACCUGAUUUGGAUAAAAUAAAGGAGACUGGCAUGCCACGUGGGGCUAAAACAAAUGAGGACACACCAGUUGUAAAUGAUGUGGUCGGCGUUGUUAAAGUAAAAGCUGAGGGUUGUCUUGUGCCGCAAACUUCUGAAGCAUCUUUGGAGGAACGGACCAGUAAUGUUGACAAAGAACCAGCCCCACCACCAGCGGUAUCUUUGACUGUUGUAACAAGCACUGUUCAGAAAAGUAAGAAAUCAAAGAAGAUAUCUAAAACUAAACAGACAAUAGACACUCAAAUGGCAUCCAAACAGAUCGAGCCUAUUGAAGUAAAUGCUCCAAAAAAGGAAGAAAUUCCAUCUGAGGAAUCAUCUACCACCGUUAUCAAGACAGAGAGUACAGUAGUUAAGCAUGAUGUCAGAUCACUUUCCGGGAUCUCAGAUGCAGGUGCUGUUGAACAUGUGAAAGAGGUUAUUGUCCGUGAAGAAAUAAAAGUUAUGGAACAAACAACAACAACAAAAGGGAAAAAGGUAGCCAAGCAUGACAUAUCGUCAGUCCAACAAACACCACCACUACCAAAACCUGAAGAAUCAGAAGCUAAAGAGUCAAAGAAUAAUGAAGCAGAUGUGGCACCAAAAUCUUCUAAAAAGAAGAAGAAAAAGCAGACUGCUACUGAUAAGCAAAUUCCAUUAUCAGCCACAGAAACCAGUGCAACUGAGGAAAUAGUGACAUCCCAGGUUGCAGUAAAAAGUCAUGUCUGUCAGGGGCCUGAACCAGUUGUAAUAAGUGAGUCUCCUAUAGCAAGCCAGGCAGCAGCUGUGCAGAGUGAGGCCCCUACACACAAAAGGGAGGUGGAGCCAGAUCAGCCCUCUGCUGAAAAAAUAAAACGGGAGGUUCUGAAAGGAAAAACAUCCUCCUCACAGCAACUGAGGGAAGCACCCAUAGCCAGAGCGUCAGCAGCAGCCUCAGCCCAGGCCAGCCCCUACCCUGAGCACGGGGAGCCUCCCAGUGUUGCUCAACAUUCAGCCACUCCUGACACGCAAAGCAGUGGAGAGAAGCAAAAAGUGCUCUCUGUGACCAAGGCUGUUAAAAAGCUUGUCACCACUGGCCCUGUCUCUGCUCAGGAGAAGCAAGUGUUAUCUGAGGACGAAGCUGCCAUGCGGAAGAAGAUAGUAGUAGUAGAGGAGGUGAUUGAAGUGCAGCAGCAGCUUGCUAGUCCAGGUGCACAUGAAAGCCAAGCUGCGGUGCCACCCGUGCCCAAGAUUCCUGGAGAUGACCUCGACUAUGAUGUUUUAGAAGAGCUGGCCAAAGAGCGUUCCGUCUUUCAGAGUCCUGUCAAGGAAGUCACCUGGGACCAUUCUCUGGAUGAGCCAGAGCCGAAAUCUUUCCCAAACUUCAUUGAAGAUGAACGUGACAGGGUGCAGAAAAAGACUUUUACAAAAUGGGUUAACAAGCAUCUGAUGAAGACACAGCGUCAUGUGGCUGAUCUCUAUGAAGACCUGAGAGAUGGACAUAACUUGAUCUCUCUGCUGGAGGUGCUUUCCGGAGAAACCCUGCCUCGAGAAAAAGGACGCAUGCGAUUCCAUAAACUUCAGAAUGUACAGAUUGCACUGGACUUUCUCAGACACCGGCAGGUCAAGCUGGUGAACAUUAGGAAUGAUGACAUUGCGGAUGGAAAUCCCAAACUCACUCUGGGGCUCAUAUGGACCAUCAUCCUCCACUUCCAGAUUUCAGACAUCCAGAUCAAUGGGCAGUCUGAUGACAUGUCCGCUAAGGAAAAGCUGCUCCUCUGGUCACAGCGUAUGGUAGAGGGGUACAAGGGACUGCGCUGUGACAACUUCACCACCAGCUGGAGAGAUGGCAAACUCUUCAAUGCUGUCAUUCACAGACAUGAACCCAGACUUAUCGACAUGGGAAAAGUGUACCACCAGACCAACCUGGAGAACCUGGAGCAAGCCUUCACCGUGGCUGAGAGAGAGAUGGGUGUCACACGCCUACUCGACCCAGAGGAUGUUGACGUGCCUCACCCUGAUGAGAAGUCCAUCAUCACAUAUGUGUCCUCGCUCUAUGAUGCCAUGCCUCGUGUGCUCGAUGCUCAUGAUGGAGUCCGAGUCACUGAACUGGAACUGCGCUGGACAGAGUACUAUGAACUCGUCACCAUUAUUAUUAACUGGAUCAGACACCAUGUUGUGGUCUUCGAGGAGAGAAAGUUCCCUGCCAGCUAUGAGGAGAUUGAGAUCAUGUGGCGUCAGUUUCUGAGGUUUAAAGAGGCUGAACUUCCAGCCAAAGAGUCUGAAAAGGACCGUUCCAAACUUAUGUAUCAAUCCUUUGAGAGUGCAGUUCAGUCUGGUCAAAUCAAAGUUCCCCCCGGUUUCCACCCUAUCGACGUUGAGAAGGAAUGGGGCCGACUUCAUGUCGCUAUUCUGGAAAGAGAGCGACUGCUUAGAACAGAGUUUGAGAGGUUAGAGCGGCUCCAGAGGAUAGUUGGUAAGGUGCAGAGGGAGUCUGGUGUGUGUGAGGAGCAGCUGAACCAGAUGGAGAGCCUUCUACAGUCGGAUAUCCGACUUUUAAACGCAGGCAAAUCAGCCCAGAACACGAUCGAGAUUGACAGAGGCUUAGACAAGGCUGAUGGCUUGAUCCGUCUCCUUUUUAAUGACGUCCAGAUUCUCAAAGAUGGGCACCACCUACAGGCUGAGCAGAUGUACCGCAGGGUUUACCAUCUUCAUGAGCGCCUGGUAAAUCUGCGCAGCGACUUCAACUUAAGACUCAAAGCAGUAGUCACGUCUAGCACUCAGGUUUUACAGCAGACUGCACGUGUGAGGCCCGAGCUGGAUGAUGUGACCCUGCGCUAUGCCCAAGAUCUGUUAGCGUGGGUGGAAGAGAACCAGCGCAGGAUUGAAUCUGCAGAGUGGGGCUCGGACCUGCCUACCGUGGAGUCGCAGCUGGGUAGCCAUAGAGGACUUCAUCAGACAGUGGAGGACUUUAAGGCCAAGAUUGAGCGUGCACGAACUGACGAGAGUCAGCUGUCUCCUGUCAGCAAGAGUACAUACAGAGAAUAUCUUGCCAAACUGGACCUUCAGUACGCUAAGCUCUUGAACUCAUCAAAAUCUCGCCUGAGGAACCUUGAUCAGCUCCAUGUGUUCGUCAGUGCUGCCACUAAAGAGCUCAUGUGGCUCAAUGAUAAGGAGGAGGAGGAGGUCAACUUCGACUGGAGCAACCGUAACACUAACAUGACAGCAAAGAAAGACAACUACUCUGGACUGAUGAGGGAGCUGGAGCUUCGUGAGAAGAAGAUCAAUGAUAUCCAGACCAAUGGAGAAAGACUCAUUAAGGACGGUCACCCAGGCAGGAAGACCAUUGAGGCUUUCACCGCAGCUUUGCAGACCCAGUGGAGUUGGAUCCUUCAGCUUUGCUGCUGUAUUGAGGCUCAUCUCAAAGAGAACACUGCAUACUAUCAGUUCUUUGCUGAUGUCAAAGAGGCAGAGGAGAAGAUGAAGAGGAUGCAAGACAACAUGAAGAAGAAGUACACAUGUGAUCGCUCUAGCACUGCCACCCGUCUGGAGGACCUUCUCCAGGAUGCUAUGGAUGAGAAGGAGCAGCUGAAUGAGUUUAAAACUCACAUGGCCGGCCUCAACAAGAGAGCCAAGAGCAUCAUCCAGCUUAAGCCUCGCAAUCCCACCAUGCCCAUUAAAGGCAAACUGCCAAUCCAGGCAGUGUGUGACUUCAAACAAAUGGAGAUCACGAUGCACAAAGGUGAAGAGUGUGCACUUCUCAACAACUCACAGCCUUAUAAGUGGAAGGUCUUAAACCAGUCAGGCAAUGAGGCCACAGUACCUUCUGUGUGCUUUAUUGUGCCCCCAGUGAACAAAGAGGCUGUAGAGAGUGUGUCUAAUCUGGAUGCUGGUCUUCAGCAGAUGACUAUUCUGUGGCAGAGGCUGCAUGGUGAUAUGAAGAGCCUGUUGUCCUGGCAGUACCUGAUGAGGGACAUCCAACUUAUUCGCUCAUGGAACAUCACUAUACUGAAGACCAUGAAGGUGGAUGAGUAUAGACAGAUUUUGAGGAAUCUAGAGCUUCACUACCAGGACUUUUUACGAGACACAAAGAGCUCUCAACUCUUCAGCCCAGAUGAGCGCAUGCAGACUGAGAAAGAUUACAAGACAGCAACACAAUACUAUGAGGAACUGCUCCAAAAUAUGGAGAAAGGUGAACAGGAUGAGUCAGUGUGUAAAACCUACAUCACACGUCAAGAUUUGCGUCUAAAGAUUGAGGACUGCGAGUCUCGCACGGUGGCCCGUAUUCGCCAGCCAGUGGUUAAAGACCCAUUAAAUGACUGCCUCCAAAAGGCCACAGACCAGAAAAAAGUGCAUGUGGAGCUGGAGAGCAUUAAGAAGAACCUGGAUAAGGUGGCCCAGAAAGCAGAAGUGGUGCUUGCUGCUCCAGAGCAGACCAGCACUCCGAUCCUCCGCUCUGAGCUAGACAUCACCCUGCAGAAGAUGGACCACACACACUGCUUGUCUUCAGUUUACCUCGAGAAGCUGAAGACAAUAGAGCUGGUGAUUCGAAAUACACAAGGAGCUGAGGGCAUUCUCAAAAAUUAUGAAGAUCAACUCCGCAAGGUUUACACCGUCCCAAAAGAUACCGUAGAAGUGGAGACUUACCGUACUGAACUCAAGAAAAUGCGCAGCGAGGCAGAGGGCAAACAACCCGUCUUUAAUGCUCUUGAGGGAGAGCUGACUAAGGCUACGGCAGUGAGUGAGCGCAUGGCCCAGGUGCACAGAGAGAGGGACGUUGAGCUCGAUCACUACAAGCAGCUCCUGUCCAACCUGCGGGAGCGCUGGCAAGCCAUUUUUACCCAGAUUGACCUCCGACAACGCGAGCUGGAGCAGCUGGGGAGGCAGCUGGGAUAUUAUCGUGAAAGCUAUGACUGGCUUAUUCGCUGGAUCACAGACGCCAGACAAAGGCAGGAGAAGAUCCAGGCCAUACCUAUUACUGACAGCAAGACCCUGAAAGAACAGCUGGGUCAAGAAAAGAAACUUCUGGAGGAGAUUGAGAAAAACAAAGAGAAAUGUGACGAAUGCCAUAAAUAUGCCAAGGCUUACAUUGACACCAUUAAGGACUACGAACUUCAGUUGGUUGCUUACAAAGCACAAGUGGAACCCCUGACUUCACCUUUGAAGAAAACUAAAAUGGAGUCUGCCUCUGACAACAUCAUUCAGGAAUAUGUAACUCUCAGAACUCGCUAUAGUGAGUUGCUGACUUUGACCAGCCAGUACAUCAAGUUCAUCACGGACACACAGAGCCGCCUUGAAGAUGAGGAGAAAGCUGCUGAGAAACUUAAAGAGGAGGAGAGGAAAAAAAUGGCUGAAAUGCAAGCUGAGUUAGAGAAACAAAAGCAGCUAGCUGAAGCGCAUAAAAAAGCCAUUGCCAAAUCAGAGAAAGAGGCACAGGAACUCAAACUCAUGAUGCAAGAAGAAGUUAGGAAGAGAGAGGUUGUUUCUGUGGAUGCCGAGAACCAAAAGCAUAAUAUUCAGCAAGAGUUGAAUGAACUCAGAAUAAUGUCAGAACAGCAGAUCAAAUUAAAAGGUCAGCUGGUGGAUGAGGCUCAUCAAAGUCGAACCAAAAUAGAGGAGGAGAUCCGUAUUAUCAGGCUCCAACUGGAAACUACAUUGAAGCAGAAAUCCACUGCAGAGACAGAACUGAAACAGCUAAGAGACAAUGCUGCUGAGGCAGAGAGACUCCGUAAAGCAGCUCAAGAGGAGGCAGAGAAGCUCCGCAGACAGGUCGCUGAAGAAACUCAGAAAAAGCGCAAGGCAGAAGAAGAGCUAAAGCUCAAGACUGAAGCAGAACGAGAGGCUGCUAAGCAGAAGCAAAAAGCUUUGGAGGAUCUUGACAAGCUGAGGAUGCAAGCAGAGGAGGCAGAGAGAUGCAUGAAACAGGCUGAGAUAGAAAAAUCAAGACAGAUCACUCUGGCUCAGGAAGCAGCACAAAAAAGUGCAUCCGUUGAGCAGGAGCGCAAGCGCAUGUCUUACGUAGAGAAGACCUCAAAACUUGAAGAAUCACUCAAAGAACAGCAUGGAACAGUCAUUCAGCUUCAAGAAGAAGCCGAACGACUCAAAAAGCAAUCAGAUGAAGCAGACAGGGCAAGAGAACAAGCUGAAAAAGAGCUAGAAAAAUGGAGGCAAAAAGCCAACGAGGCCCUUCGCCUCAGGCUGCAGGCCGAGGAAGAAGCCCACAAAAAGUCUCUUGCCCAAGAAGAAGCAGAGAAGCAGAAAGAAGAUGCUGAGCGUGAGGCAAAAAAGCGUUCCAAAGCUGAAGAAUCUGCCCUCAAGCAGAAAGACAUGGCAGAGCAGGAACUGGAUAGGCAAAGGAAACUGGCUGAAUGUACAGCUCAGCAGAAGCUCUCUGCUGAACAGGAGCUCAUCCGUUUAAGGGCUGACUUUGACCAUGCAGAGCAGCAGAGAAUCCUGCUUGAAGAUGAGCUUUACCGCUUAAAGAAUGAGGUCAACGAUGCUCUGCAACAGCGGAAAAUGCUUGAAGAUGAACUUUCCAAGGUAAAAAGUGAAAUGGAGAUACUUAUCCAGCUAAAAAACAAAGCUGAGAAGGAAAGUGUGUCUAAUAUUGCAGAGAGAAAAGAGCUUCUCGAAGCUGAAGCUGCAAAAAUGAGGGAACUUGCAGAAGAAGCAGCUAAACUCCGUGCAAUUGCAGAAGAGGCAAAAAGGCAGAGGCAGGUAGCCGAAGAAGAAGCUGCGAGACAAAGAGCAGAAGCUGAAAGAAUACUGAAAGAAAAACUUGCUGCAAUCAAUGAGGCUACUUGCCUUAAAACAGAAGCAGAGAUAGCACUUAAAGAGAAAGAAGCAGAAAAUGAACGUCUCCGAAGGCAAGCUGAAGAUGAGGCAUACCAAAGGAAGCUUCUUGAGGAUCAAGCAAACCAGCACAAACAAGACAUUGAGGAGAAGAUUAAUCAGCUCAAGAAAUCUUCUGACAAUGAACUAGGGAGACAGAAAGCAAUUGUAGAUGAAACCCUCAAACAGAGAAGAGUUGUUGAAGAGGAGAUCCGUAUCUUAAAACUUAAUUUUGAGAAGGCAUCAUCUGGUAAACUUGAUUUGGAGCUUGAAUUAAAUAAACUGAAGAAUAUCGCAGACGAAACCCAGCAGAGUAAGUUGCAAGCCGAAAAAGAAGCAGAGAAAUACCGCAAGCUUGCUUUGGAGGAAGAAAACAGAAGGCGAGAAGCUGAAGAAAAAGUUAAAAAGAUUGCGGCAGCAGAAGAAGAAGCAGCUCGACAGCGCCAGUCCGCCCAAGAGGAGGUGGAGCGUCUCAAAAAGAAGGCAGAAGAGGCCAAAAAGCAAAAGGAGGAGGCUGAUAAAGAAGCUGAGAAACAUAUUGUCGCAGCCCAUCAGGCAGUGCAAAGAUGCAGUGCUGCUGAACAGCAAGUCCAGAGUGUUCUUGUGCAACAGAAGGAGGACAACCUUGUACAGACAAAACUAAAGGAAGAGUACGAGAAAGCUAAGAAGCUUGCCGAAGAAGCAAAGAUGGCCAAAGAAAGGGCAGAGAAAGAGGCCGCCCUUCUUCAUCAAAAAGCAGUUGAGGCAGAGCUUCAGAGGCAAGCUGCCGAGGCUGAAGCUGCCAGCCAAGCCAAAGCACAGGCGGAUGCAGAGAGACUGAGAAAAGAGGCUGAGUUGGAAGCAGCCAAACGUGCUCAGGCAGAAGCUGCUGCACAGAAGCAGAAACAACAUGCUGAUGCAGAAAUGACUAAGCACAAAUUGCUGGCAGAGCAAACCCUUCAGCAGAAGUCUCAGGUUGAGCAAGAGCUUACUAAAGUGAAACUGCAGCUGGAUGAAACCGACAAGCAGAAAUCCCUCCUCGAUGAGGAGCUUCAUCGCCUUAAAGAUGAAGUCACUGAUGCUGUUAAACAAAAGGCCCAGGUAGAGGACGAACUAUUCAAGGUUAAGAUUCAAAUGGAGGAGCUCAUGAAACUCAAGCUCAGAAUUGAAGAGGAGAAUCAGCGCCUUAUCAGAAAGGACACAGAUAACACACAGAAGUUUCUGGCUGAAGAGGCUGAGAACAUGAAAAAGUUAGCUGAAGAUGCCGCUAGACUGAGCGUAGAGGCUCAGGAGGCUGCACGCAUGAGACAAAUAGCAGAGUCUGACCUUGUUCAGCAAAGGGCACUUGCUGAAAAAAUGCUUAAAGAAAAGAUGCAAGCGAUUCAGGAAGCGGCCAAGUUGCGAGCUGAAGCUGAAAUGCUUCAAAGACAAAAAGACAUGGCGCAAGAACAGGCUCAGAAACUGCUUGAAGACAAACAGUUGAUGCAACAACGACUUGAAGAUGAGACCAAAAAACUGGAAGUAAAGCAUUUAACCAGUGUCAAAGAGGCUGAUGAGCUGCGCAAAUCAAUCACUGAACUUGAAAAAGAAAAGGCUAAAUUGAAAAAAGAGGCUGAAGAUUUGCAGAAAAAGUCUAAAGAGAUGGCAAAUGCUCAACAGGAACAAAUUAAACAGGAGAAAACGAUCCUACAGGAGACAUUUGUCUUAGAAAAGCAGCAGUUGCUUAAAAAAGAAAAAUUAAUCGAAGAUGAGAAAAAGAAACUAGAAAGCCAGUUCGAAGAAGAGGUGAAAAAAUCCAGAGCACUCAAAGAGGAACAAGAGCGCCAAAGAAAACAACUGGAGGAGGAGAAGAAUAGACUUCAGACGACUAUGGAGGCUGCUCUUAAGAAACAAAAGGAAUUUGAAGAUGAAAUGCGAAAUAAACAAAAAGAGAUGCAAGCAUUUGAGAAGAAAAAGCUUGAGGAGGAAAAACAGCUUGCUGAGGAAAACAAAAAAUUACGUGAAAAGCUUUUGGAGCUUGAAGUUAUUCGAAAGCAACAAAUAGAAUUGGAAUACCAGCCUAGAGACCUUAAUGGACAGAGUGUUGAAGUGGAUAGUAGAAAUGGAGACUCUGCUUUAUGCUUUGAUGGCAUUCGUGAGAAGGUUCCAGCGAGCCGCCUGUUAGAAGUAGGCCUCUUAAGCAAAAACGAAUAUGAUAAUCUGACCAAAGGCAAGAUCACAGUGCAUGAGCUUAGCCAGACAGAAAAACUUAAGACUAUGCUUAAAGGCAGUAACGCUAUUGGGGGCUUACUUGUACACCCAAACAGGAAAAUGCCCAUUUAUGAAGGUAUCAAAGAGAAGAAAAUUGCUCCUGGAACUGGUUUAGUAUUGCUUGAAGCACAAGCAGCCUCUGGAUACAUCAUUGAUCCUAUUAAUAACAAGAAGUUAUCCGUCAACGAGGCAGUGAAGGAAGGCCUGAUAGGCCCUGAACUUCAUAACAAAAUGCUGUCUGCUGAAAGAGCUGUCACUGGCUACAAAGAUCCCUAUACAGAAGCAAAGAUUUCACUCUUUGAAGCCAUGAAGAAAGGGCUCAUUUUGGAGGACCAUGCCAUCAGAAUGCUUGAGGCUCAGAUUGCAACAGGCGGAAUCAUCGACCCAGUCAACAGCCACCGUGUACCCAUUGAAACAGCCUAUAAGCAAGGUCAGUUUGAUGCAGAGAUGAACAAAGUUCUCCAAGACCCCUCUGAUGAGACCAAAGGAUUCUUUGAUCCAAACACCCAAGAAAAUCUCACAUACUUGCAGUUGAUGAAGAGGUGUGUCACAGAUCCUGAAUCAGGAAUUCUUUUCCUACCGAUUUCAGAAACAGCUGUCCUUAAUGCCAAAACUUUCACGGAUGAAGAAACUAAGGAUAUUUUCAAUAAGACAACUGUGUCUGUGCCAUUUGGAAGAUUUAAAGGAAAGACUAUUACAAUUUGGGAGAUAAUUAAUUCUGAAUACUUCACAGAUGACCAGAGAAAGGAUUUAAUUCGGCAGUACAAAACGGGCAAGAUAACAGUCGAAAAGAUCAUCAAGAUUAUAAUUACUGUUGCUGAACAAAAGGAAAAAGCAAAUGAGCAUGAAUUCGAUGGCCUUAGAGCACCUGUUCCCGCUGCAGAGUUGCUAGAAUCAAAGGUUAUCGACAAAGACUUGUAUAACAAGUUACACAAAGGAAAUGUGACCGUUAAAGAAGUGUCUGAGAUGGAGUCUGUACGCAAAGCUCUGAAGGGUAGCAACUGCAUUGCAGGCGUUGUCAUCGACUCAACUAAAGAGACCAUGCCUUUCUAUGAGGCUUUGAAAAAGGAUGUGAUGAGACCAGGGCCUGUUCUGUCUCUUUUAGAAGCUCAGGCUGCAACAGGAUAUAUCAUAGACCCUGUGAAAAAUCAGAAACUUACAGUAGACGAAGCUGUCAAAGCAGGUGUUGUUGGCCCUGAGCUACAUGAAAAACUGCUGUCUGCAGAAAGAGCCGUCACUGGCUACAAGGAUCCUUACACCGGAAAAACAGUGUCUCUCUUUGAGGCGAUGAAAAAAGAACUGAUUACCAAAGAGCAGGGAAUCAGAUUCCUUGAUGCACAACUGGCAACUGGAGGCAUUAUAGACCCAGUUAAAAGCCACCACAUUCCACAGGACAUUGCCUGCAAAAGGGGCUACUUUGAUAACGAAAUGUAUAAAGUCUUGACUAACCCAACAGAAGACAUCAAGGGUUUCUAUGAUCCGAACACACAGGAGAAUGUCACAUAUCAGCAGCUUCAGAAGAGAUGUAUUACUGACAAAAAGACUGGGCUUCAGCUUCUGCCCUUGUCAGAACAAGCAAUCAAUGCUAAAGAGGAACAGAAGAUCAGUGAAGCACAGACUAAGGAAGCAAUGACACAGGCAUCAGUAGAGAUUCAGUGUGGACCAUUUAAAGGCAGAAAAGUUACCAUCUGGGAGAUAAUAAAUUCCGAAUAUCUUACUGAGGAACAACGACUUGAUUUACUCAGGCAGUACAGAUCUGGAAAAGUGACAAUUGAGAAGAUAAUAACGAUUGUAGUCACAAUUGUUCAAGACAGAGAAACCAAGACACAAGAACAGUCUGCGUUCAAAGGACUUAGGGCUCCUGUCCCAGCUAAAUCCCUUUUGGAUUCCAAAAUUAUUGAUAAGUCAACCUAUGAUUUGCUCCAACAAGGUAAAAGGACUCCAAACGAAGUCAGCAAGAACAACUCUGUUAAUAAGUAUCUACAAGGAGCUGACUCCAUUGCUGGUAUAUAUCUGGAACCAACAAAAGAAAAGCUUGGCAUUUAUCAAGCAAUGAAAAAGAACAUUUUGAGACAGAACACAGGAAUUUCCUUGCUUGAAGCACAAGCUGCUACAGGUUUCAUGGUAGAUCCUGUUAAGAAUCAGUUUCUCACAGUUGAUGAAGCUGUUAAAGCAGGCCUUGUAGGACCUGAACUUCAUGAAAAACUUCUCACUGCUGAAAAAGCUGUUACUGGCUACAAAGACCCGUUUACAGGCAAAAUUAUCUCCUUGUUUCAAGCCAUGCAAAAAGAGCUUAUAACCAAAGACCAUGCCAUGCCUUUCUUGGGGGCUCAGAUUUCCACUGGAGGAAUUAUUGAUCCAGUAAACAGUCAUCGGAUUCCCAAUGAUGUUGCAUGCCAGCGAGGAUAUUUCAGCAAGGAAAUGGCCAGCCUCAUGGCUGAAGACUCAGAUAAAAACAAAACAUUCUCUGACCCUGAAACUGAUGAGAAUGUGUCAUAUAAACAAUUAAAAGACAAGUGUAUGACUGAUCCUGAGACUGGCUUAAACCUCUUACGACUGUCCAAACCACAGGCACCAACAGUAGUUGAAAAGACUUACCUUUAUACUGAAGAACAAACCCAGAGUGAUCUAUCUACUACUCAGGUUGACCUUCCAAUUGAAGGCCUUGCUCAGGGCUCAAUGUCCCUCUGGGAUGUUAUGAACUCAAAUUUGCUACCUGAAGAAGAAAGGACAAAACUCCUGGAUGAAUAUCGUUCAGGCAAACUAACCAAGGAGCGAAUGAUCAUUAUAAUCAUUGAGAUAAUGGAGCAGAGAGAAAUCAUUAAAGGGGAGAACAUCAAGUCUUAUAACAUGGGCAGGCGCAGAGUCACAAUUGAAGAACUCUAUAGUGCACGAAUAAUUGACAUAGAGACAUACAACCUGCUUAAGCAAGGAAAGAAGACCAUUCGUGAGAUCAUGGAGUUGCAUAGUGUUAAACAAUACUUGUUCGGUACUGGCAGCAUUGCUGGUGUUGCCCCCGAUUCCAAAUCUAAAACCAGUGUUUAUCAGGCAAUGAAGAGAGGUCUUAUUAAUCCAGAAUAUGGACUCGUCCUCUUAGAAGCCCAGGCAGCAACUGGCUUUAUCAUCGAUCCUGCCAAGAAUGAAAUGCUCACAGUUGAUGAAGCAGUGCGUAAAGGUGUGGUGGGGCCAGAAAUUCAUGACAAACUUCUGUCAGCAGAAAGAGCAGUUACUGGGUAUAAAGAUCCAUACAGUGGCAAAAUAAUUUCCCUCUUCCAGGCAAUGAAAAAGGACCUUGUUCCAGAUGACUAUGCUUUAAGGCUGCUUGAGGCUCAGACCGCAACUGGUGGAAUAAUAGAUCCAGAAUUCAACUUCCAUCUGCCAGCAGAUGUUGCUACACAACGUGGAUAUAUCAACAAAGAAACAUAUGAAAUCAAUAAUGAAGUUAAAGGAUAUGUUGAUCCUGUUACAGAGGAAAAACUCUCAUAUGCACAACUGCUCAAGAGAUGCCGGCUUGAUAAAGAUGGACUAUAUCUGCUGCCUUUAGCCGAAAAAAGACCGAUGUUUAAGGGUCUCAGAAAAGAAAUCACAAUCGAAGAAUUGAUACGAUCACAAAUCAUUGAUGCAGAAACAGUCUCUGCACUUAAUGAGGGUUUGUUAACAGUCGAAGAGGUAACCAGCAGGCUUAAGAAAUACCUUGAGGGCACAAGCUGCAUUUCUGGUGUGUUUGUGGAAGCAACUAAAGACCGUCUUUCUAUAUACCAAGCUAUGAAGAAAAAUAUGAUCAGGCCAGGGACUGCUUUUGAAUUGCUGGAAGCCCAAGCAGCCACAGGAUACAUGAUUGACCCAAUUAAAAAUCUGAAAUUAACAGUCGGUGAAGCUGUGAAGAUGGGAAUUGUGGGCCCAGAGUUUAAAGACAAGCUCAUGUCUGCUGAACGGGCUGUAACUGGCUACCGAGAUCCUUAUACAGGUAAAACUAUCUCACUCUUCCAGGCUAUGAAAAAAGGCCUGAUUCUAAAAGAUCACGGAAUUCGGCUUCUUGAAGCUCAGAUUGCCACUGGAGGAAUCAUUGACCCUGAGGAGAGCCAUCGCUUGCCUGUAGAAGUGGCUUACAAUCGUGGAUUCUUUGACGAAGAGAUGAACGAGAUCCUGUCCGAUCCAUCUGAUGAUACCAAGGGCUUUUUUGACCCAAACACAGAAGAAAAUCUUACCUAUCUGCAGCUAAUGGAGAGAUGCAUCGUCGACCCAGAGACAGAUCUCCUGCUUUUACUCUUAAAGGAGAAGAAACGAGAGAGAAAGACAUCAUCCAAAUCCUCAGUUCGCAAACGUAGAGUUGUUAUUGUUGAUCCUGAAUCAGGCAAAGAAAUGUCUGUGUAUGAAGCCUAUCGCAAAGGGCUCAUUGAUCACCAAACCUACCUUGAACUUGCAGAGCAGGAAUGUGAAUGGGAAGAAAUCACAAUGACAUCAUCUGAUGGUGAAGAGAAGUCCAUCAUCAUUGACAGAAGAUCAGGUCGCCAAUAUGACAUUGCUGAUGCUCUGGCAAGAGGUCUUAUUGAUCAGUCUUCCCUUGACCAGUAUCGCUCUGGCAACCUUGCCAUUACAGAAUUUGCUGACAUGCUGUCUGGAAACAUGGGUGGCUUUCGCUCCCGUUCAUCGUCCAUUGGAUCCUCUUCCUCCUAUCCAAUGAGUCCCAUACCAUCCAUCAAAGCACCAGCAGUUGUGUGGAAUGAUCCAACUGAGGAAACUGGACCUGUGGCUGGCAUUCUUGAUACAGACACUCUAGAGAAGGUUUCAGUCACUGAAGCUAUGCACAGAAACAUAGUAGACAGCAUAACCGGACAAAGAUUGCUGGAGGCACAAGCUUGCACUGGUGGCAUAAUAGACCCAUCCACUGGGCAAAAGUACUCUGUUGUUGAUGCAACCAAUAAGGGUCUUCUAGAUAAGAUAAUGGUUGACAGAAUCAACCUGGCACAAAAAGCCUUUAAUGGAUUUGAUGACCCUAGAACCAAAGUGAAAAUGUCUGCUGCUCAAGCCCUCAAGAAAGGCUGGCUAUAUUAUGAGGCUGGCCAACGUUUUCUGGAGGUGCAGUAUCUAACUGGUGGUCUUAUUGAACCAGAGACUGAAGGAAGAGUCUCUCUGGAAGAUGCCAUCAAGAAAGGAGCUAUAGAUAUUCGCACAGCCCAAAAGCUUAGGGAUGUGAGCGCUUAUUCCAAAUAUCUCACAUGCCCCAAAACUAAACUGAAGAUCUCUUAUAAGGAUGCAAUUGACAGGAGCAUGGUUGAAGAAGGAACCGGGCUACGGUUGCUAGAAGCCUGUUCCCAGUCUAGUAAAGGCCUUUACAGUCCGUUCAAUGUCAGUGGUGCUGGGUCUGCUGCUGGCUCAAGGUCUGGAUCCAGAACAGGAUCAAGAUCAGGCUCAAGAAGAAGUAGUUUUGAUGCCACUGGCUCCGGCUUCAGCAUGAACUUAUCCUCAUCUUCCUACACGUCCAGCAGUUAUACUCGCAGAUUCUAAUACUGACCCUGCUAUGCACUUAGCCAAAAAUCUCACCCUAUUAUCAGAAAUAUGACCUUGCAACUCUAAAUAGAAUAGUCUUUAAAUAAGUCCCCCACCACACACUACAACUGCAUAAAACAAUGAUAUAUUUAUUCAUUCUAAUUAGCACGUUUUGUCAUGGAAAAUUGCAUCCCAGAAACUACUAUGUUUUUACUGGGGACUGAUUGAUAAAUAGUUCCUAUUAUAUGUAUUGUGGUUUGGGUGCCUAAAUACUAUGCAUUGGUCAACCAUGACAAUUAUUCAUGUUAAAAAAUUUAAUUUUAAUUCUAAUUUCACAUCAUUUGUAAUACCUGAGUAAUGCUGAACAUUUUUACUCAAAUACCACUGCUGAUUUUAUAGAAAGUUAUUAUGGCUAACUGCAUCAACUGUCUAGAUUUUGUUAUAGAGUACUUUUAUUUAAUUCUACUACUAGCCUGCAUUUGUACUUUAAUUCAAAAAUGUCUUUAUAUUUUACUUGGAUUAGUUUUCAAGUUAACAAACAAGAAAAUAUGCCAAAAUGGAUAAGCAAAUAGUUAGCAAGUACAAAAGUAUCCAUUUCUUUUUUUAUGCAUGUAUAUGGGCGGUUAACAGAACAUGCCAUCAUGGAUAAUAGUAGUGUUGUGCAAAAAAUAUUGCUGAAUGUAUAGAGAAAACUAUUACCUGACAUUUUGAUAUUAACACUGGAGAAGGAAACACACUUCAAGAAACAUAAACUCUGCCACUAUAUUGCAUCUCACAACCCACAGUUAUUCCCUGAUAUAUGCCUUAUUUAUUAACAUCUAAGUGCCCAUAAUAAAACUCUUAUUAAGUGCACAAUAUCCCUCACCACCAUGAAACACCUACACAGUUCAGUCAUUUCAUUCAAGGGGUCCUGGUGUAUAGUACCAAGAAGAUUUAGGAUGUCUGACCCUACCUCUACUCAUAGCAUCCGGACAAACGUGAAUUCGAUGCUGAGCAUUUUAUACUUAGUUUAUCUAUAGCCAAUACUGUAGUAAUUGAAGAGAAUGUUAGUGUGAUCUUGAGCAGUAAAUUCGAUGCUUGCCAGCAGCCCUCAGCUACAACCAUUCAGAUCUGCAGUGAGCCUUUCAUUCGUUUCUUCUGUUGCUUCUGCAGUAUCAUUUGCUCAGAGAAGGUAGAGGCUAGGGUUACACAGAUGUUUUCCUUGAAUAUCACACCAACAAUCGACUGCCAUCGACUGUACAUUUUAUGGCGUCGCCAUCCACACUGUCCGCACACAAGCUCAGAAAUACUUUUAGCAAGUCACUGUUUUCCAUCAAAGACUAAAUAUAACUUUGCUGACCAUUUUGACAGUAAUGUUUUGAUAUUUCUUCUAAUCUCUCAUUUCACUUUACAAAUACACCGUUUCAAGCAUUUAAUACGCAUUCCCCUGGUUCCCAUGAUCCAGUGUGUGCUACUGUAUUCUACACAGUUUGCGUUUAACAAUACAAAUGUGUGUAUUAGGAAAUAUUGUGGAAUUAUUAUUUUUUUAUUUGUUUCUCCAUUUUUAACAAAGAUAUUGAUUUCUUUUUUUCCUUGACCAGUGUUUCUUCUGAUCCACAGUUUAUUUGCUUGAAAGUACUUGAUUUGUGUAUACCUUCAUAUUUGUUUUCCAUUUUCUUUAUUUUGAUAUCAUGUCCUGUAAUAUAUUUUCUUCUGCAUGGUUUACUAACCUAAUGACAUUUUAGAAGAUUGAGAUGAAAUGCAGGCAUAUAUGAAUUCCAUGAUAAGUGUCAUUAUGGGGUUAAAACCUUAUUAUUACAAAUGUAUGAAAUUCAAACCGACCUGUGCAUGAGGUAUAUAAUGCUUUGUGAUAAUAAUGAAAAUAAUAAUGAAAAUUGCAUUGCUUUUAAGAAUAACCUUAUAUUCUAAUGUAAAUAAAAUAAUUAUAGAAAUAA